AACUACUACAGCUGCCUAUUCAGAUGAUAUGCUAUCACGUGCUCUCGUGACGAGCCCGCGCGAUCCAUCGCGCCCGAAAGAUCAGCUUGCGAGAUCAGAUGUCUUCAUCCGUUCGCCGUUAACCUCUCCUUCGCAUGGCUCUCUUGAAUACGCUCUUGUUUUCAUCUUGGUACUUUGAUUACAUCUAAGACCUCCAGCAGAUCUGGCGUCACCGCCUGUUGCGUCACCGAUGCCCCGCACUUAUGGUAAAGCAAAGCAGACGCGACUUGCUUUUGCUCCGAUAGCUCUGCCACCGGAUUUUGCCGAGAAUGUCGGCGAGAAAAGUGAUCACAAAGCUAAUCUACGUUAUGGACAUCCGUCAAGGCCGACUUUGCGCAGUGGUCAAUCGCAAUUAACCGACAAAUCAGGUGAAAGAAUGUCGCCUGCUCCGUUCGUCGUGAAGAAGCGCUCAUCGGAUGAGGAAAACCGCAUAGCCAAACAAGAACCAUCCGAAAAAUCUACACGCAAGAAAAAGAAAAAGGAGAAGAAAGAGAAGAAGAAGAAAAAGAGCGAAGGUGAACCACCGCAGCCUUCUACCUCAGACACCAAGGUACUUGCCCGCGAAGAUAGCGAAAGCGAUGACGAAGUUCCUACUAGCGCUCGAAAAGUAAGGGGGUCGAGAACUUUGAAGCGGAAGAGAUAUCAGACCCCGUCCGAUACCGUGCACUCCCCUCAGAAUCCUUCGUCCUCUGCGAAGUCCGAAGAUAGCGAUGCGGACGAUGUAGUCGCUCGGCCUCGACGAAAAUUACGGCGAGGUCUCGCAUCUCAGUCCCCCAUCGCUCUGGAGGAUGAUUCAGAUGAAGGGCCUAUCGCAACCCCGGCUAGAAGACGAAGGAACAUCUCAGAAUCUGAACUACCGCGGACACCAGAAUUCAACGUGGAUCAGGACGAACAAGAUCUCAGGGAGGACUUGCAAGAUCUUCAAGAUUCAGUGGUGAAAGAAACACGAACUAGAGGACGGUUAGCCAAUUCGGCACGAGCUCAAAGACAGCAACAUUUGGAAGCUUUGCGCCGCCGGAGAGCUGGCAGAAAGGAGUCGGAUGACGAAGAAUCAAAGGACGAACAAAGCGCAUCAGAACUCGAAGACGAAGAUGGGAGUGAGAGUGAAGCCGAAAGCAGCACUCGGAAGCCCCGAUCCCGUCUCCAGGAUGAAGACAGUGAUGUUGAAUCAUCCAUACCAAGCGAUGAAGACCUUGAUCGAUAUGAAGACGAUUUCGUAUUGGAAGACGGGAAUCUAGGCGCGCCCGCCGGUCAAGAAAUGCCAUUCGAAUUCACCCGCCAUGCAUACAAACAACCAAAGGAAUACUUUCAAGACGCGGUCGAAUGGAUGGUGUUCAAUAAGCUUGACCCGGCUUUUGCUCGUUCGAGCCCAGUCUAUCAAGUCGCAUUCAAGAAAUUGGAUGAUGAAGUUAAGGGCAGGACUGGAUCACAGCUAGUAUCGUCAGUAUGGAACGCCGACUUCCGCAGAGCUCUCAUGGCAAGACCUCAUGUAGAUAUUACCGGAUAUUCGACCCUGGAGAAUCACCCUUGCGAUGCAUGCAAACGAUCUGGCCAUCCGGCUUCCUCCGACAUCAAAUUUUAUGGAAAAGCAUACUCAUUAGAGACGCUUGAGCCGCUGUCAGGCGAGAACAGUGAGGACGAAUCGAACGAUGCAGAAAAUGAUGGUAAAGAAAAAGAUAGGGAUGGCCAUGUUCUGUUAGAUGAGAACACUCGCUUUUUGCUAGGAAGACACUGCAAAAACAAGGCUACAAUGGCCCAUACCCUCAUCCACUGGCGCUUCCACCUCAACGAAUGGGUAGUGGGUUACCUCGAACAUAUGAAUUACUUGACAGAUGAGCAAGUCUUAAGGCGGAGUCAUUGGAGCGAAAGGAAAAGAUCAAAGUAUGCACGUGAAACUGUCGGCAUGAUGGUUUUUGAAGGUGAGGUUAAGAAGCUUUGGAGAGACUUCCAUAUUAAUUUAAGAGCGGCGAGAGAAUCAAUGACACUUGGAUAGUGACAUUACCAAACUCUCGUAUUCUUCGCCUUGCCUAUCUCCUUCCUGUUCAUAACUUUACUUCCCACUUUAUAAGCUUUCCUCUCGAUUGGAGCUUUUAGCUUUAUCCCUUAACCUUGCACCAUACACGCCUAGAUUAAUCAUUCCUUUCAUGUUAUCUUUAUUUCUCUGCCUUUUAACUACCUGGGUGGAUCUUUUCUUGCAACGUCGCUAUGUUGAUACCCACAUCCGGCAUGACUUGCGAAAUUCGUCGGAGCGCUCUUCUGUGCUUAGCUUGUUGUGCUUCUCUACUACAUUUCUAGCAUGAUGAAACCAUUAGUUCUACGUAUUUACACACCCUUUGGAUUUCAAUAUAAC